AUGAACCCCGUCGCCGCCACCUACUACCCCGUCGCCGCCACCUGCGGCCCCGUCGCCGUCACCUGCGGCCCCGUCGCCGCCACCUGCGGCCCCGUCGCCGCCACCUGCGGCCCCGUCGCCGUCACCUGCGGCCCCGUCGCCGCCACCUGUGACCCCGUCGCCACCACCUGCGGCCCCGUCGCCGCCCCCUGCGGCCCCGUCGACGCCACCUACGGCCACGCAGCCGCCACCUGCGGCCCCGCCGCCACCUGCGGCCCCGUCGCCGCCACCUGCGGCCCCGUCGCCGUCACCUGCGGCCCCGCCACUUCAGUCAUGGCUACCCCCAGUGUCCUUACUUUUGAUGCUGAGGGCCGUGCCGUUGACUUUGAGGUCUGGGUCGAUGACCUCCAGCUGUUUCUCCAGUGCGAUAGGGCAGACGGACUCUCUCUGUUCGAUCUCACCUCUGGUGCCUCUCCUGCCCCGCCUGCUACUGCUGACAGUACUGUUCGCUCACAGUGGGCCACACACGAUGCUGCUGCUCGCCUUGCCGUGCGUCGCCACUUACCGACCACUGAGCGUGCACACUUUAGCCAGUACAAGAGUGCCCAGACCUUGUACGACGCUGUAGUUGCACGCUACUCUUCCCCUGCCACUGCUGCACUGAGCCGCCUCAUGCUACCGUACCUCUUCCCUGACCUUGCUGCCUUCCCCACAGUCGCUGACCUCAUUACGCACCUCCGCACUAGUGACACUCGCUACCGCGCUGCGCUUUCUGCUGAGUUCUGCGCCAAGAACCCCCCCACCAUGUACAUCACCCUCUACUACAUAGUCACCCGGCUCCCUGACUCUCUCCGUGUAGUCAGGGACCACUUCCUCUCAGUUUGCCCCACCACUCUCACCGUUGACCUCCUCGAGAAGAGCCUCCUAGCAGCAGAGAAGAGCAUAGUCGCUGUAGGAGCCUCUCGUGGUGACCCUCGCACCCCCGUCUUUGAGGGGUGUUCCCCCUCCCCCCUCUUGCCCUCUGUUGCCUCUGCUGCUGUGGCCGACCUCGUUGGUUUCGAGUCGGUCGGCGCUGCGUCUGCCCUGAGCGGGAGACGCCGCACCGGCAAGGGCAAGGGGGGCAAGGGCGCUGGAGGGGUUGGCGGGGGCGGUGGAGGUGGUGGUGGAGGCAGUGGAGGGGGUGGGGGUGGUGGUGGGAGUGGUGGCGGGGGUGGAGGUGUCGGUGGCAGCAGUGGAGGCGGAGGAGGCGGCGGCGGUGGCGGAGGGAGCGGAGGCGGCGGAGGUGGUGGAGGCGGCGGAGGCGGCGGAGGUGGCGGAGGCGGCGGCGGCAGCAGUGGACCUGGUCGCAGCUCUGCGCAGAGGAGUGGCUCCAGUGGUGGUACGCGCCAGCAGCAGCAGCGCAGUCGUGAGACUCUUUCCGCUGAGCAGCUUCAUGAGUGGUACGCUGCGCGUCAGCGCGGUGGGGGUACGGGUCCCUGCACCUACGUUCUCCGCACCAGCGACCGCGCUGGUGAGCAGUGCGGGGGCCCGCACUCCACCCAGCGCUGCUUCGGCCGCCUGACGGACGCGUGGCGUCACCAGUUCCCUGAGGCCUCUGAGAUCCCUCGCUGGGGAGAGCUGUCUAGGGCGGGGGUUGCUAUGUUUGAUCUUGAUUUUGAUGCUAUUCUUGCUGCCAUGUAUGCUGUUGCUGAUAGUGUUGAGGGUGACUGUUACUUGUGUGUUCCGCCUGACCAGGGCAUUGACCCUGCUGCUCUAGGUGCUGGUGAGGCUGCUGCUCUAGGUGCUAGCGCGUCUGCUGCCCCAGGUGCUGGUGAGUCUGCCCUCUCAGGUACCACGUCGGCUCAGGCCUUACACACCUUCAUCCUUGACUCGGGUGCUUCCCGUUCCUUCUUUCGAGACCGCACCACACUUACGCCGCUUAGUCGGCCGGUUGCUGUCUCCCUGACGGACCCCUCUGGGGGUCCUGUCCUUGCUUGCUACUCCACUGACUUACCAUGUCCGGCAGCCCCCUUUGGCACCCUGUCAGGUCUCUACCUCCCCUCGUUCUCUACAAACUUGGUGAGUGGAGCUGAUCUACUGUUAAGAAACUAG